AUGACCGCCACAAAGGCUCAGUCGCAGAAGAUCUUCGAGAAACUCAAGUCGAAGCCUGCCAACAAGGUAUGCUUCGACUGUGGUCAGAAGAACCCAACAUGGUCAUCCGUACCCUUCGGAGUCUACCUCUGUCUCGACUGCUCCUCCAACCAUAGGAAUCUGGGUGUCCAUAUCUCCUUUGUGCGAUCAACCAACCUGGAUGUGUGGCAAUGGAGCCAGUUACGGACCAUGAAGGUCGGAGGCAACGAGUCGGCCACGAAAUUCUUCCAGUCCAACGGUGGAAGUGCAGCUCUUGCCAGUAAAGACGCCAAAGUCAAAUACACUUCCAACGCUGCGAACAAAUACAAAGAGGAACUCAAGCGCAGGGCAGCAAGAGACGCAGAAGAAUAUCCAAACGAAGUCGUCAUUACGGAUGAAUCCUCAACCACUCCUGCUGACGGCGCGUCAACACCAGCAGGCGAACCAGCCGACGACUUCUUCUCUUCUUGGGACAAGCCGACCAUCAAACGACCUAGCAACCCACCGUCACGCAGCGGCACGCCUCCAGUAGCGUCACGUACCGCAUCUCCUUUCCUCACCGCCGGUAACGCCACCAAUGGCUCCGCAGCGCGCCCCAAGUCUCCUUCUCCGCUCGCCUCUGCUGCGGCCGAUGCAGAGCACGCCCUGCCUGCUCCAGCAGCCAUCCGGACGACGUCUUCAUCCGCCAUCCGCAAGGGACCUUCCGCGGGCGGUGUCGGCGCCAAACGCACCAACGUAUUAGGUGCGAAGAAGACACAGAAACUUGGUGCGAAGAAGGUGACAGGCGAAGAGAUUGAUUUCGAAGCCGCCGAAAAGGCCGCCAAAGCCGAGGCAGAGAGGAUAGAAAAGCUAGGCUACGACCCGGAUGCAGAAAAGGCCGAGCAACUGUCCAAGAACAAGCCCAUCGGUUUCGGAGCAACCACAGUCGAAGCCUCUGCCCCAACCGCCACGUCCAAGCCCGGACCUGCUUCUAGUAACCCAGCACAUGCACGAAGUCCAAGCGAGAUCGAACGACUGGGUAUGGGUGUGGGCCGAUUAGGGUUUGGACAAGUUGGCGCAAACAAGGCUGCUGCAUCGACCGCCCCUGCGCCCAGAAAAUUGGGAUUUGGCAGUGUCGGAGCGAGCAAGGCUCCAGUGGAUGACGAUGCCGAACAAUAUGCGCGCCAAAAGUUCGGCACUCAAAAAGGCAUCUCGUCGGACGAGUUCUUCGGCCGCAACGCCUUCGACCCAUCCGCCCAAGCAGAAGCCAAGAACCGUCUCCAAGGCUUCGAGGGCGCCACGAGCAUCUCGUCCAACGCAUACUUCGGCCGACCCGAAGACGAUCUGACCGGCCUGGAGGGUGGCGAUUACGGCGACAUCGAGACGGUCGCCAAGGACUUCGUCCGUCGCCUCGGUCUGACUGCCGGCGACGACUUGGAGAAUCUGAUCAACGUCGCUGGCGAAGGCGGCAGGCGGCUGAGAGGUGCUGUGGCCCGGUAUCUGAACAGCUAA